AUGGCGCGGCGGAUUUUGGUGUUCGACAUGGACGGCACGCUGACUCUGCCUGUUCAGCCGAUCACGGAAGACAUGAAGGAAGUCUUGCUCAGGUGCAAGAACCGUGGUUAUGAUAUCGCUGUUGCGUCAGGAUCGAAUUACAUCAGCAUCCGCAAGCAGAUAGGGAAGGAUUUUGUGAACGAUUUUAAUUUCAUUUUCUCGGAGAAUGGCACUCAAGUUCACCAGCGUGGAGAGCUGGUGCACUCCUUAGAUAUCCGGGACGUUUUACCAGAGAAAGUUCUUAAGGAGUUGGUGGAGUUUAGCCUUAUAUAUAUAGCGAAGCUCGACAUACCCGUGAAGAGGGGAACCUUCAUUGAGUUCCGGAAAAGCUUGAUAAACCUCUGCCCUGUCGGCCGCAACUGUUCGAACCAAGAAAGGCAGGAGUUUGCAGCCCUGGAUAAGGAGAGAGAUAUACGUGGCCAAUUUAUUGAGGAGCUUAAAAAAAGAUUCGGUUCAGGGGAUCUUGCGCUGAGAUUUGUUGCUGGGGGGCAAAUUUCGAUUGACGUGUUUCCAAAGCCGUGGACCAAAGCGUUAUGCAUAUCGCACCUGAAAGACUAUGAAGAAAUUCAUUUCUUCGGUGACAACACUCACGAGGGUGGAAACGAUUAUGAAAUCUGCAAUCACCCUGAUGUCAUCGGUCAUACAGUGAAGAACUACAAAGAUCUCAUAGCUCAACUCAACGACAUGAUUGGUUAA